AUGUCCAUCCCCGAUGAGAUGAAGCAUCCAGAGCGAAGGGGCCUUGUGAUAGAAGUUGAUCAUCGGGGAGGUCUCAAGCAUGCGGAUAUCAAUAAUGCACAGAACUGGGCCGUCGUACUCCAAUUCCUGAGCGACGGCAAACUUUCGUACGGCAGCGGGUUCUUUCUCAAUUUUCCUGAAGUCUCCGACCUGUUGAUUCUCACUGCCGCACAUAACCUCAUCAGCCCCACUAACCAGGACUCGGAGCAGCUGCGGGUCUAUCUUGCAGAUGGCACUUCUCUGGAUAUCCUCGGUUCUUGGGUGUGCCCGAGGUACAGAGGUCCGCGAGAGGAUGUCGAUGACUACGGCGCCAUUCUCGUACAGCGCGAUCCGAAAGUCCCUGCCAAAAGUGGGUUCGGAUUUAACAUGAAACUGGGGCAGCUGGAGAGACUCCCGGGGAAUAUAUUCGUUACUGGGUACCGUGCGCAAGGUCAGACUCAGCGUACCCCCACUACAUCUACUGGCCCCUUCGUGGCCUGCCACGAUGGGUUGCAGAUCGAGUAUCGUGUUAAAACGGAGCAGGGAAUCAGCGGCUCUGCUGUAUGGCUCGACUAUGACGGCUUCCCGACAGUUGUCGCUAUUCAUAACCACGGCCCUGCUUACGUUGGCGGCGGCAGCCGUGGGUCGCUUCUGUCCCCAACCCUUUUCCGCGAGAUUUUUAGAUGGCUCGAUGUCGGCCAAUACGGGAAGAAGCUCUGUGUGCAAGAUUCUCGCUCGAAUCCCCAGCCGGGAACGGAGCCCCCCAAGGCGGGGCUCUAUCUAUAUUUCCCGGAUGACUGGCCCUUUGCUCGGGUACGGCUAGGUUUCGGAACCGCGUUUGACGUGCUACCAGUACAGGUGGCGGCAGGGUCAGAUAAAGUGCGAUAUGCGCUGGCGGUAGGCGAGAAGUGGGUGUUGUUCAACCUGACGACGAAGCUGGCGGUGUUAUCGGACAAGUUGAUGGACCCGUGUUUAUUCACGAAGGACGAGAAAAAGAAGAAAAAAGAGAUGAGGAUAGUUCUGGAGCAUCCGACCACGAAGAAGGCAUUCCAGCUGAGAUUAGAGGGGGAUAUGAUUAGCGAGUUCGACGGAGACGAUGCGGAGAGUUCCGAGGUGUCGAUGGUGCCGCAUCCUCAGGACAACUUGGAUCGGUUCACCACCUUCGCGUUUGUAUGA